CAAACAUAAUGCUGCUCCAGUUUUUCUUGUGGGGGAGACAGAGCAGACAGGCUGAGAGAUGAGCUGUUAAAAAGUCGGCACUUUACAGCCAUGAGCCUCAGGGACUCUACCUCAUUAAGGUGUAGUGUGGCUGGGUGGCUCAGCAGGAUGGAAAUAGAUGCCCGCUUUCGCUACUAUUUCCAGCACCCGUGGUCGCGUCUCAUUGUGGCCUACCUAGUCACCUUCUUUAACUUCCUCAUAUUCGCCGAGGACCCCAUCUCUCACAGCCAGACCGAGGCCCAUAUGAUCGUGGUGGGCAACUGCUUCUCCUUCCUGUUCAACAAGUACCUGGGUCUCGGAUGGAACAUCCUGAAAGUAAUAUGCUGGACGCUGGCCAUCAUCACCGGCCUGUUUGCCGGGAAGUUUAUAUUCCACCGCCAGCUCUUUGGUCGAUACCUGCGCCUGAAAAUGUUCCGCGAGGAUCAUGGCUCCUGGAUGACUAUGUUCUUCAGCACCAUCCUCUUCCUCUUCAUCUUCUCGCACAUCUACAACCUUUUCCUGCUGAUGGCUGGGAGCAUGGAGCCUCACAUGGUGACAGAGUACAUGGGCAUCAGGAAUGAGAGCUUUAUGAAGAUUGCUGCGGUGGGGACGUGGAUGGGAGACUUUGUCACUGCUUGGAUGGUGACAGAUAUGAUGCUCCAGGAUCAGCACUAUCCAGACUGGGGCAAAGCAGCCAGGAGAUUCUGGAAACAAGGCAACAACAGGAUUGUUCUCUUCUGGGCAGUGCUCAUCUCUCUGACGUCAGUGGUGGUUCUGGUCAUCAGUACGGACUGGAUCAGCUGGGACAACCUGAACCGCGGCUUCCUGCCCAGCGAUGAGGUCUCCAGAGCCUUCCUGGCCUCCUUUAUCUUGGUCUUCGACCUUCUCAUUGUCAUGCAGGACUGGGAGUUCCCUCACUUCAUGGGCGACCUGGAAAUGAAUCUACCAGGGAUGUCAACAACGCAUGUGAAGGUCAAGCUCCCCGUCUGCAAGCGUAUCUUUAAAGAGGAGUAUCACAUUCACAUCACAGGUAAGUGGUUCAACUACGGAAUCAUCUUCCUCGUGCUGAUUUUGGAUCUCAACAUGUGGAAAAACCAGAUCUUCUACAAACCCUACGAAUACGGUCAGUAUGUCGGGCCUGGUGAGAAGAUCUACACAGUGGAGGAACCAGAAACACUUAGGCUCUUCAACCACAGCACGCUCACCUACGAGUGGCGCUCCACCAACAUCAACCCCGCCACUAACCUGAGCUACGUGGAGCGGGACAUGUUUCUCCACAGCCGCUACGUCGGAGCCAGCCUGGACAUCAAGUGCCUGGCCUUCAUCCCUAGCUUGGCGGCUUUCGUCCUUUUUGGUUUCUUUAUCUGGCUCUUCGGGCGAUUUCAGGACAGUGAGACCUUCACAGAAAACCAAGACAAAUCGUAUGAGAGGAUAAAGAGGAAGUCGCCGUCUGAGUACAGCAAGGACAUGGGUGUGACACCGGAGGAAACACAUAUGACGAUGAGCGACAGUUUGAGACGAUCGGGAACGCCCAUGCUUCUGUCAGUGGACGAGCCACAUUUCGGAGUGACGCCCUCCACAAACUCGACUAUUUCCAUGGAAACCCAAGAGACGCAUCCAAGCAUUGUGAUUGACAGUGCAGACCAAGAGGAACCAGCAGUCUCUUUUGAUGUCCACAAGCUUUCUCCAUGACCUUAUGAACUCAUGAGACUUUUAACUAUAUAACUGCUGAGCAAGGGAUCAAUAUGUGGCUCGUCUAGAUUGAGUUGAGUUGUUGCUUUUCUUCUGAUUAGACAGAAAGAAGUUAACACAACUUGUUAUGAGAGUCAAGUGGAGGACAAAGUGAGAUUCACCAGGCUCAUGUGACAGCUGCUGCAGUUGUAUUGAUAUAUUUUUCUAAACCAACUUUUUAAACGUAAAGCCAGAGAUACAGCACCAAUUUCCAUAUCAGGAUGGAAAUGAAAACAGAAUGCAAAUACCUAACUGACAUGGUGCUCACUCCAGUUUUGCAUUUUCAUAAUUCAACUUUGUCAUGGUAACUAUUUCGGUGCCUAUAUCAGAGGAGUAUUUCUACAGUCGUAUCACACCUGUAUUACAGAUACAGUUAGUGCCUAUAUAUGAUAUGAUUCAGACAGAAACAUAUUAUAACUGUCUAUACUACUAUAGACAACAAAAUGGAAGAUGUCCCUGUUAUGGUCUGCUAUGUUUAUGUUAAUGUUCUAUAUAUGCUUUCAAACUCCAUGGACAAUUGUUACCUCAUUUGAUUGUCAGACUUCAUCAUUUUAAUUUAUUCUCAUGUGGCAUCUCUCUUACUCAAGUUUAAACGCAUCAGUCUUGUAGAAAUGAUAUGAUUGAUAUGAACAUCAAUAUAUUUUGAUGAUCUAUUUAUACACCCUCGCUUGAUAUUAGUUGCAGUGAUAAUAAAUGCAAUCAGCAGAGAUCAAGUACCAAAUAAAUGAGCCCACCUCAUGAUUGCUUAUGUGGCUGCUGCACCAAGACUGAAUACCAACAGAGCGAGAAAGGUGGUUUUGCCCUUGGCAUAAACAUGCAUUUAAAGUGCAGGUGAAGGCUUUUGCUCCAAAGCUCAGGGCUUCUUUAUGUCUAGAUAAACCUUGAAAGUUUUAGAAGCAGUAUUGCGGCCAUGGUAAAUGCAUGGAAAAUAUUUAUUUGAAACAUCCUACAGUAAAAACAUAUAUCCUUGGUUUCAAACACAACUUAAACCUGCAGCUUUUAUCUUUACACUGGCUUUGAAAGUGUUGCUCCCUUUUGACAUUAUUUUCUUUUGGUGUGCCAUUUCUUUAAAAUACAAAUAUUUUUGGU